CGCGACAAUUUCAAGGCUGACCUGUCAUCUCCAUUAACUGCGACAAAGAACGCACUUUUACUUUUUACUCGCAUCUUCCACAACAAGGAACCAACUCGACAGGGAACUUGGAAAUCGGCACAAUGUUGCUCACUCAAGAAGAACUGGCCGAAACGGCCCGCAUGCACCCUCAGGUCGUUGAGUUCAUGAAAACAAUGCCGUCCACGCCGGUCGACAACUCUGACGUAUUCGCCGCUCGUGAACGGCUCGCAGCUGGUGUCAAGAUGAUGAAUGACAAGCUAGGUCCGGCACCGCCUACCAUAUCCGAGUCGUACCACGAUGUUCCGAUGCGAGAUGGGUUCUUGAGCACUACAAAGAUUCAGAAACCAGCAAGUGGUCCUGCCGGCCCACUCGUUGUCUUGUAUUUCGGUGGUGGCUUUGUAAGUGGAGACAAGGACCAGAUGUCGGGAAUAGGCCGCAUCUUGGUGUCUCUGUUCGGAGCCACGGUUGUAUCAGCAGGCUACCGUCUUGCGCCCGAGCAUCCAUUCCCAUACGGUCAACUUGACUCUCUGGACACCACCAAGUGGGCUGCAGAAAACGCAACCGCGUCGAUCUUGAGCGCCGAUCCCUCCAAAGGAUUCAUCAUUGGUGGAGUUUCUGCCGGAGGUUCGAUCGCUGCAGCCGUAUCCCGCAAGGUGCAAGAAGAAGAAAAGCUUGCGCACCCGCUAACUGGCCAAUGGCUCUGCAUUCCUUCUCUCAUGGACCACGCCAGCUGUCCGGAGGAAUACAAGCACGUCUACCUCGCAUACGAGCAGAAUGGCGAUACGGCAUUCCUAGGCAAGGAAUCCCGGGAAAUGAUGGCCAAAGCCAGCGCGUGGGAUAAUACCUCCGAUCUACGAUACGCGGUCUUGUCGAAAGCUCCAAUCUCUGGCCAACCACGCACAUAUACACAAGUUGAGGGCAUGGACCCGCUUCGUGAUGAUGGACUAAUCUAUGAUGAAUUAUUGAAGAAAGCCGGCGUUCCCACCAGGAUUGAUCUUUAUCCUGGCUGCCCUCAUGGCCACUUUAUGAUGAUGCAGGGAUAUGAGAUUGGCGACAAAGCGUUUACUGAUAUCGGAAAGGGAUUUGCAUGGUUGUUGGAGAAAGAAGUACCAGAUGCGGUCUUUGCUAAGAUCUUGGGGGGAUCAGCUGCUUAGAUCGUCAAAUAUUGGCUCAACGUGAACGAGUAGACAAUUUCAAUUGACAGCCAAAUCUUCCGACAUCGAUGUAACGAUCAAUGAUCAUGAACUGGCUUGUACAUUGUUCCGGACACGGGCGGCCCAAUAGUCUGCACAAACGGCAGCGUGACGAGCGUGAAUAUCGUGGACCGGGUCACGCACUUUUGAGAACUCGAGGUCC